UGGGACUACAGUUGAAAUCAGUCAUGCAUAACGUCGCCCUAUCCUGAACCAAGCCACAAAUUGACGACUAAAGGGAACCAGCACGAUAGAUUUUGGCCACAAAACUGUACUUAGGGCCCCGCUUCUCGCGGACAGCCAUGUCUCUAUCACGUGACACACUACAGAUAAAGCCCAGGGAGGCACGCGAACAAUUUCGAAAGGGAAACUUAUCUGAAACGCCUAUCACUUGUAGCCAGUUUUGUGCAGGUUAUCUUCAGGCUAACAUCGCCUGUGUGCCAUCUGAUAUAGCGGAUGACUUUGAAAGACUGUGUCUCAGUAACAGCUCUCCAUUCCCCUUGCUAUACCGCAGUAAACCGGGUGAGGUCUCAGCCCCACCUUUGGCGUCAAACUCGGAUGCAAGGACAGAUCUUCCCCUUUAUGCAGUGAGUGAAAAUGGAGUUGAUACUGGAAUUAAGGAAAAUCUGUUGGAAAUUCCUUGGGACGAUAUGGUUACAUUCUACUUUGGUUGCAGUUAUUCAUUUGAUCAUUUCCUUGUCACCGCCAAAGUUCCACUUCGUCAUAUGAUCCAAAAACAAGACCCACCGAUAUACCUCACUGGAAUACCGCUCAUCCCCCAGGGGCCUUUCUCAGGGAAUAUGAUCGUCACUAUGCGGGCAAUCCCACGGAAGUUUGUUCCGAAAGUGGCGGAAGUCUGCGUACCGUUAGAUUUUGCCCACGGGGCUCCCAUUCACAUAGGGGCUCCCGCAUUAAUCGGAAUAGAGGAGUUUCACAAUCCUCCUAUCGGAAAUAAGCCAGUAUAUGAUGAAGAUGACGUUCUUGUGUUUUGGGGCUGUGGAAUAUCUGGGAGUGAAGUUAUGGCCUCAGCUAAGCCUCGCGUUGCUGUCAGUUUGUCAAUGAAAUGUCUUGGUUCAUUAUUCAUCACAGAUUGUUUAGUGACAGAGUAUCUCCAACAACAUCCUUCAGAGCUGGCCGGUCUGUCGCCAGAGGUGAUUUUUCUGUCAGAGUCGCCUCAGUUUGCGUCUUUAGUCUCCCAACAAGCCAUGGAUGAAAUUGUAAACAAAGAGAAUGAAUUCACAUCAAUCAAACCCAACGUGUCCAGUAAUGGUUUUCAAGAACGGAAUGACAAGCUUUUGAAAUCAGCUUUAGCGCUUUCUCACGCAUCAUAUGUUGCCAUAGUGACACUGCCUCCUCAGGAAGAGGCAAAGCAAGUUUCUGGGAGACAGUUGUCAGCCGUUGUAUGCAUUGUUAAAGCACUUCUUGCCCAAGAUAAAGAAAUAACAAUUCUAACGCAAAAGAACGCUGUUGCAGAAUGGGAGACGUUUUUAGCUGAGUGUGAGUCGCAAAGCAUCGUUCUCAAAUCUGUACCAGUAGUUCCAAUUGCUGGGAAAACGAGUGAUUGGUCACGUGAUGUUUGUUCAGUCAUGGCUAUGGUAGUUGACAACCUUGGGCUCAGGUUCAGCUCGUCCAGCCUCAAUUCCAUGGUUUUUGUGAGCGAACAAGGAAUGUUGUCAGUGCAAAGUUCUCUUUCUUUGGGUGCAGAUACAAAUGACGUGGUGAAAGUCAAUGGAGAUCACGUGGUCGCGAACGGUCAACCAAUUGAAAGUGGUUGUUGGCUAAGCCCCCUCCUGGUAUCCAUGGCGAUAUACAUCCUGCAGACGUGUCCCAUUCACUCUAGAUAUGCGAGGCGUGGUCGAGGACUUCACGAGGUUAAAGCAGCCAAAGAGUUCUUCGUUACCCCGAGCGACACUCUGGUCAUGGAGUGUCAAGAAGUUGAAUUUGUACAGAAAAUGUUAAAUGCAAAGAACUCGCCAAAGAUUUGAAGGAGCUCUCAUUCUUAAUUGCUAUAUUCUAAUGUAUGGGGGAGAUAACUCAUCACAACAAUGCAGCUGGUUUGUUUUCAGUUGACUAGCUGUAACGCUCUUUCUGCUCGUUGAGCCUUUCCUUAGUCAGGCAUAUCAAAAAGUUCCAAGGUCGGAAUACAAGGUGUGGUUGUUAAGGUAUUUCGUUUUCGAGUAAUAAUGGAACAUUAGUGGCUGCAAUAGAAUUUGUCAUUGUGACAAGAGCAGAAGAAGACGAAAAAUAAGAAAAGUAGGAUAUACAAUAAAAUAUUUGCAGUUCAGAA